GGCAUGCGACACAGCAUCUUUACACAAGAUACCAUUAGUUUUCAGUUGGGAUCCAGUGAGCCUCCAGUAAAGUGCCACCAUGAGCACAGACGCAGAGAUGGAGCAGUAUGGCCCGGCAGCCAUUUACCUCCAGAAGCCAGAAAAGGAGAGGAUUGAGGCUCAAAACACCCCAUUUGAUGCAAAGACGGCCUUCUUUGUUACUGACGAGCUAUAUGUCAAGUGUAAACUUAUCAAGAGGGAGGGUGGUAAAGCCACUGUUGAGACAGAGGGAGGAAAGACGGUCACUGUGAAAGAGGAACACAUCCACCCUAGGAACCCUCCAAAGUUCAAUAAGAUGGAGGAUAUGGCAAUGAUGACACACCUUAACAAGCCAUCUGUGCUGUUUAACCUCAAAGAGCGUUUUGCAUCAUGGAUGAUCUACGCAAGUUUUAUUUGAAGGUUUAUCUAAAAGAAAUAAAAUGUAAACGAACAAUGAAAAAUGUAAGCAACCCUUGUGCUCACUGCUAUGA